GGUGGAGACAAGCAGACAAGGCAAAAGCGGUCAAUAACCUGGAAUACCUGUCAGUGGCUCAAAAAGUGCCCCGCCAUUUAGUGAGAUGGAACGCCUACACUCGACACUACCUCCGUACCUCAAAAAGCAUCUUCGUUCGAAGGGAACCGAUGUCGAACAGUUCCAACUAAGGUAGCUUGCUUCCUUUCUUACUGUCCUCAUACCGUCCCUGAGUACUGUGUACCUAUGUAUACUGUGUAGACCCAGGCAUGCCAGGGUCACUGUCGAGUUCCCGUCGCCCUUGGCGCGUGCCGCGUGGGUAUUAGUGGGUGGGGCCUUCAAGUUGGCGUGGGCUCACCGCCCCAGUGCGCGUGGGCAGAAACCAGAAAAUUUCCCCAGCACAGGAACAAUUAUACACAAUGGCGCCAGAGCUUCGCAAGAGGAAGGCAAAGCCUGCUGUCGCAGGGCCCGAGGCCGUCACCAAGAAGGCAAAAGUGGCAAAGGCCACGCCAAAGGUUGAAAAGCGCAAAGCUCCCGAGGAUGCAUCCCCAGUUGCCGUCAAAAAGCAGAAGUCGUUCAAGGAUGUCGCUGCCAACAAGAAGGCCGCUGCCGCGUUGGAAGACAAGGCCGCUCCUAAGAAGUCAGCACUGAAGAAGGAAAAGCAGUCGCCAAAUGCCAAGGCCGCCUCCCAAAAAUCCAAGAAGGUUGCGGAGCCGGAGAAGCAGCAAACUGAGGAGACCCAGUCUGAUAUGGUGGAAGAGGAGGUUGACGACGACACCACGGCGCUCGUUGAGGCUCUCGACAGCAGUGAUGAAGAGGAGCCGGCGAACCAGGUCAGCACGUACAAGGAGGGCCAAGAUGUGGGGAAAAUUCCCAAGGCGAAGAAGUCGACGAAGCCCUCCGGCGGCAGCGAGAAGCCGGGCGUCAUGUACCUGGCAAGGAUUCCCCACGGUUUCUACGAGCACGAACUGCGGUCCUACUUUGGCCAAUUUGGUGAGAUUACAAGGCUCAGGGUUGUGCGGAACAAGAAGACCGGCGCGAGCAAACACCGGGCGUUCAUCGAGUUUGCUGACGCCGAGGUGGCCGAUAUUGCCGCCCGCACAAUGGACAAGUACCUCUUGUUCGGCCAUAUCCUCACCGCUAAAGUCGUCCCGCCAAGCCAGGUACACCCGAACCUGUUCAAGGGCGCCAACCGGCGUUUCAAGGUGGUCCCUUGGAACAAGAUGGCCGGGAGGCAGCUCGAGCGGCCUCUUUCCGAGUCACAGUGGCAAGUCAAAAUCUCCAAGGAGGAGCAACGGCGGGCUGCGAGGGCGGAGAAGCUGAAGGCAAUGGGCUACGAGUUUGAGCCUCCCCAGCUCAAGGCUGCCGAGGCAAAGCCGAUGCUGGAGAACGGUACAGACGAGGCUCCGAAGGCGAUCGAGGCUGCGCCUGCUGCCGAGGAAACCGAGCCGAAGGAAGAGCAGCAAGCUGCCGCGCCGGAAGCGGUGGAGGCUAAGGAAGAGGCAACCCCUCAGAAAAAGAAGGGCAAGAAAGGCAAGAAGACGAAGUCAUGAGAGGGAUCACAGUCUCGAAGCUGCCAUUCGAUACCCACUGUUCUGCAGCGUGCAGAGCCUACAAAUGCAGCGUACUGCGUAUUGUUGAAAUGUACGCACCAAGCGAACCUGACAGACUCUUGGAAUAGUAGAGCUCGCGCCCAGAGAGUUGUCAGGAUUAUAAAGCGCGAAACAGCUAAUUUACUUCUGCCCGCUUGUGAAAAAGCCAGCGGUUUGCCAGUUGCAAUGGCAGAUCCAUUAUCAAAAAUUGGGCGAAGAUGUGUUGUGAAGGGGAAAAUUCAAAACUGGACCAAGAAAUCGAAGUUUAAAUUGCUUGGCUGGUCCGUGGCCUACUCUGAUUAUGUAAUCCUUUGAUUUUUUGCAGAUCGUCAUGGUGCAUUUGGUUG